CUUUCUUCUUUAUAAGCACUGUCACCUAAUCUCUUCACCCAUCAAUCACUCGCUUACAACACCACCUUCAAGCUCACAAAACACAGCUUUUGCUUUUGGGUUUGAGAGAGAGAGACAGAGAGAGAGAGACAGAGAGAGGAUGGCUAAGGACGUCACCGAAGAAACGCAGCCUACCCAUGGCAAGGAUUAUGUUGAUCCACCACCAGCUCCUCUCAUUGACAUGGCUGAGAUCAAGCUAUGGUCUUUCUACCGUGCUCUUAUAGCUGAGUUUAUAGCCACUCUUCUUUUCCUAUACAUUACCGUAGCUACUGUGAUUGGCUACAAGAAGCAAACUGACCCUUGUGGUGGAGUUGGCCUUCUGGGUAUUGCAUGGGCCUUUGGUGGCAUGAUAUUCAUCCUUGUUUACUGCACUGCUGGUAUUUCUGGUGGUCAUAUUAACCCAGCAGUCACCUUUGGACUGUUCUUGGCGAGGAAGGUGUCACUGAUCAGGGCUGUGGCUUACAUGGUGGCUCAGUGCUUAGGUGCGAUUUGUGGCGUCGGAUUGGUGAAGGCAUUUAUGAAGCAUUCGUAUAAUGGGCUUGGAGGUGGUGCUAACUCUGUGGCACCUGGCUACAGCAAGGGCACCGCUUUGGGUGCUGAGAUCAUCGGCACUUUUGUACUUGUCUACACUGUUUUCUCUGCCACUGACCCUAAGAGGAGUGCACGUGACUCUCACGUCCCUGUGUUGGCUCCACUUCCAAUUGGUUUUGCUGUGUUCAUGGUCCACUUGGCAACGAUCCCCAUCACUGGAACUGGUAUUAAUCCUGCUAGGAGCUUUGGAGCUGCUGUUAUCUACAACAAUGACAAAGUCUGGGAUGACCAUUGGAUUUUCUGGGUUGGACCUUUCAUUGGAGCACUUGCAGCAGCUGCAUAUCAUCAAUACAUAUUGAGAGCUGCAGCCAUCAAGGCUUUGGGAUCUUUCCGCAGCAACCCCACCAACUGAUGAAGGAGAAAUCCCCGCCAACAAGAAAAAGAAUGGAAAAAAGAAAAAGCUUGUCUAUCUCUGCACUUCCUUCUUCUAUCUCCAAUUGUUUGUUUGUGUGUAUUAUGAUGAGGAUUAUGAUGAUAACUCUUCUUUUUCCACUUCAAUUUUUAAUCUUUCUUUGUUAGUCUCUGCCUGUGUAUCAUUGUUAAUGAGUAGUGCUCUUUUCCUUUC